UCAGUACAUGCAAACUGUAAUGCUGCAGCAGUAUGCGUACAGCACUUUUUAAGCCGCAGAUUUCAGGCCGUAAAGUGUAAACAAACAUUACUGACAGUUCUACGGUGCGCGAUUGAGAUUGAAAAACUUGUUGAGAAUUAAGAUUAAAUUUCAUGAUACUGACCUUAUAAUCAAUGAUUAUAAAAGUAAACAAGCGUCGCUGCGAUGGAUAAAAAACCGCAACAGUAGUUAAAGAAUUAUUUAUUUUCAAAAGCGAAAUUUCAGUAUGGCAAAAGCCAAAAAGUGUGCAAACCCAUUGUUUGAACAAUGGUUGAAAGAGUGGCAGGAUGAAGCUAAAGCAAGAGAUUUACAGAUGCAAUUUUGCUUUGGCAAAGCCCUAGAUUCUUUGAGGAGGUAUCCCUUAGUUUUAGAAACUGGAAGUGACUGCAUUAUUUUGAAACAUUUUGGUCACAAACUAUGUGACAUGUUAGAUAAGAAAUUGUCUCAACAUAAAUUAUUAGAUAACUUACCAUCAUGUAGUAAUGAUGGUUCAAAAAAACCUCGUAAGAGAGAAAGAAAGAAAACUGAAUCUGACGAUGCUCCAAAAAAUGAUUCUCCUUCUCUUCCAGAAGAUACUUGUUCAUCGCAAAAUAAAUUUAAUUCUAAUGAUUCUAAAGAAGUAAUCAAUGAUGAUUCUCUACCAGCCAAAAAACGAAAGAGUAUCAACAAGCCUUAUGUUCCUAAAAUUGGAUCUGCUGCAUUUGCCAUCCUUAUAACAAUGUAUAAAAAUUCUCAGCAACCAAAUUAUCCAGGUCACAUGUUUAAAAAAGAUAUAAUAUUUCAAGCCCAAGCCGAGAGUGAUUGUCAAAUGAAGGGAACAGCUUUAGAGCACUACUCUGGAUGGUCAUCAAUGACAACAUUAAUCAGUAAAAAUUUAGUAUCAAAAAAGAGUUCUCCAGCUAAAUAUAGCUUAACCGAUUCUGGUUUAGCUUUAGCUAUAAGUUUAUAUGAAGGACAUUUGAAUGUUAAUUCAGAUGAAGAUAAUGGAGUGGAUGCAAUUGAAAAAGUUCAAAAUAUUGAUAAAGAAAAAAAAUCUUCAGAAGCUGUGGUAUUACUUAAGGACAAAAAUAAAACCAAAAACUUACCUAAAAAACCCCAAGAAACUUAUACCAGUAGUACAUCUAAAAUUUCUGAUAAUUUUGAUUAUCAGGUACAAGUCUCUAAUUCUCCUCUUCAUUUUGAAUCAGCAGAUAGAGACUUUUCUUUUCCUGAUACCAGUGUUUUCAAUCAUGAAAAUCAAUAUAAUUUAGUAAAUUCAGAUGAUGAUGACAAUGUAUUUGAGGUUGAAUCAAAGUAUGGUUGUAAAAAUAAUGAUGUAAAAAGUAACAAACUUAUAAAAAAUGAUUCUAAUGAGUUUAACUAUUUAAAAAAUUUGUCAAUAAAUUCACCAAUUAAGUCUUCUGUAAGAAAAGAAGUACCCAUGAAAAAUGUUUCAACAGUAAAUAAUGAUAUUAUUGUUAUAAAUGAUGAUGAAGAUGACUGUGAUAAUAAUUAUUAUACUAAGGGUCAAAGUGAUAAUAAAUUGAAAUAUGAUACAGAAAAAUCACGAGUGGAACAUUUCAGAACUACCCAAAAAUCAUCCACAAGUUCUGAAGAAGAUUUUGAAGAUUUUUGUAGAGAAAAUGUUGAACCUAUGAUAACAGUAAAAAAUAAACAUGAACACUCAAUCUAUUCAAAAAUUAUAGAUGAGUCACUCUCAACAGAACUUCAUGAUAAUGAACAAAACAAUGAUCCAAUAGAAUUUGCUGAAAUUGAUAAAAAUAUUGAAAAAAUUUCUGGAGUGAGUUCAUCAAAUGUCUCAGAAAGUAAUAACAAAGCAAAGCCAAAAGCAGAUGAACCAAUACAAAUGCAUACCAAAGAAAUUACAAUAAGCAAUGAUAAAAAUAAAAAAACAGCAAAGAAAACUGAGAUUCCUGCAGAGAUCAAUACUGAAUUGUUUUACUUACUACCCAACAACUUUGAUAUUAUUUUACUUGUUGACACACAAGAAACAUCAGGGCUCAAAGCAAAAGCGAAAAAUGACGCUACUGUAUCUGAAUUAUCAAAACAAGGAGUUGUUUUUGAAAUAAGAAGUUUGAACGUUGGUGAUUUCACUUGGAUUGCAAGAUGCAGAUUUACAAAAAAGGAACUCGUACUUCCAUACAUAGUCGAAAGAAAACGCAUUGAUGAUCUUUGUGCCAGUAUUAAAGACAGUAGAUAUCAUGAGCAAAAGUUUCGUCUAAAACAAAGUGGUAUCAAAAAUGUUAUAUAUCUAAUUGAAAAUUAUGGAAAAAGUUAUCAUGGUUGCAUUCCAAUGACAUCAUUGUUACAAGCAGGAGUCAAUGCUUUAGUUCAAGAUGAUUAUACAGUGAAGUACACAAGAGAUCAUAAAGAUUCAAUGAGAUAUCUUUCCACUAUGACAACUAUUUUGACCAAUAUUUUUGAAGGUAAAGAAUUAAUUAGUUGUUCAAAAGAUGCAUUAAAUAAUAUUGAGAGAGAGACCUCUGAAGGUACUGAGCAUCUUAUAGAAUUUUCUGAAUUCAACAAGUCAUCUGUUAAAACUAAGAAAUUCAAGAUACGCGAGAUGUUUAUAAAACAGUUGCUUCAACUAAAAGGCUUAUCAGUUGACAAAGCUGUAGCAAUAGCAGAGUUGUAUCCCACACCCAAAAUUCUAUCCAAUGCAUUAAAAGAAUCUGAUGACAAAUUAUUAGCUGAUGUGGUGGCAGGACCAAACAAACGAAAAAUUGGACCAGCAAUUAGUAAAACAGUCUAUCAACUAUAUACAAAAUACAAUCUUUCGUGAUACUUCAUUCAGAUCAAGGUUUUUUCUACUUUUACAUUUGUAUAUAAUAUGAUAAUAGUGGAAAAGCAAUUUUUUGUUAUUAUUUCGGUUCAAUUUUGCAAUCAACAUGAUCAUUUGCCAUUAAAAAAAAUAAUAAUUUGUGCGUAAAUGCAAAAAGUGCAUUAAUGUAUUGUAUAUUGAAUUAUUCAUAUAUAUUUAAUAUAAUAAGUAUUUGAAAUCACUCAACUCUCAAGUGUAGUCAGGUAUUGUAAUUUCUUUUUUAUAAGAUUUGUACAAACUCUAAAACUAAAUAG